CCUCGUUCCCAGUAUUGGUGGCUACUUCAUGUAAUUUUGUUUUGGAAUUUUGGUCAUUUGAUUCUGGAACCUGGUGCAUCAAAGGAUUUAAAAUUUGAAAGGUAAAAAAUAUGUAAUGUUUCUUUACUUUUCAAGGUAUUAAUACAUCGUAAACAUGUGCAAAAUCUGUUUUUUUGAGGGACAGACAAAGCCUUCGAAACGUGCAGUUGGCAGUAUAACAGAGUACCACUGUACCAGAAAAUUAUGUCUUGAUGGGAAUGAUAAAAAACUUGUACGAGAGCCGUAUUAAAGUGAUAGACUAGGUCAACAAACUAUUCUAUCUGUCUUUAUUUGAAGGAUAUUUUGAUUUGUCAUUCACUUCUAUCAAUGGCUGCUACAAAGGGUCGAGCAUUGAUAAUUUUAGCUGAGGGUGCUGAGGAAAUGGAGGCUGUUAUAACAGCUGAUGUUCUACGACGUGGCAAGGUGGGUUUGGUGUAUAUGUGUAAAAGGCAGGCCUGGAGCUUAUAUUCCCCUAAGGGAAGAGAUGAAAUAUAUUUGGGUAUGUGGGAUAUAUUCCCAAAUGGAACGGGGGUGUUAUGUCACUUUAGCAGCAAUGGACCAAUAGUGGUACACCGACCUGGGCCUGACUGGAAAGUUUGGAAAUUGUGUGCCGGAGAUUUCGAAAAUUUAAUAGUAAAUAUAUAGAAAGCAUCAAAAUUGCACACCAGAUAUCCGCUGCACGAUACAAACUUUCCACACUUGGGACCUGGGCAAUCUACAUGACCUAUAGCUACCUUGCUUGAUAUUGCUUGACCAUAGCUACCUUGCUUGGUAUUGGCCUGAAUAUCCACCAUAUGGUAACUGUGCUUAUCCUGAUUUGUUAGGUUGAGACGGUGAUUGCCGGACUAUCUGGUGCAGAUCCUGUGCAAUGCAGCAGACAAGUUGUUCUUAAACCAGAUAUAAGUCUAGAUGAAGCUUGUAAGAAGGUAUCUUAGCUUAUUUGAUAAUGCUAACAGCAACUGGAAAAGAAGAGCUCUAAUUUAAAAAAGAUCAAUAAUUUAAGUUAGUGCAUGUUGAUUCCCAUACAUGAACAAAAUGAUAAAACAAAAAUAUUGGCUGAGUUUUAUUUAUUUAUUUAUUUAAUUAUUAACUUUACAAUCAUACAAAAAAUUAUAACAAUGAUUGAAGGUAUGGUCAACAGGACAUAAGUCCCAUUUUCAAGACCAUAUCUUGAUUGACUACAUAUGAUCUGGUGCAGGAUAGGACUUGGUAAAACCCCAUGUGUAUUUUGCAUGAGCAAUUGCUGUGGAUGGUAGCCGAGGAUUGCAAGGAAUAAUUAGUUGGCAAAAGUGUAAAUAAAACUGAGAGCUUGCUAUCCACCAACCAUAUUGCCCCACUUUGUUCACAUGCAUGAUAAUCCUGGAUACCUGGGGAAGUAUAUUGAUCCAAAAUUAAUUCAGUCCUAGGGCUGGAUAAAAUUAAUUCACCCCACUUUAAUUAAUUAUUUAUUCGUAUGAGAUGUCAUUUCAAAUCCUCCAUUUCGGACUGGACUAGACAGGGUGUUAGCCAGAAGUAAAAAAAAUCUGUGUUUACCUGAAAUUGGGAAAUUUAUUUUAGCCUGAAGCCGGGCAUUUCUUUGUGGGUCUGGGGGCAUGCGGUUACCCCCUCUCGAUUUUUAAAAUUUUUGUGUCUUUGAAAUGGCAUUUCCCGCAUUUUGGGAGUAAUUUUGAGCAAAUGUAGUUAUAAACAUGUUUUUAACCAUUUUUUGGCUGACCCAAAUUGGGAAAUUGUGACCUCCAGGUAUUAAUGGGAAAACCGUGUUUAACGUGGAAUUUUUGACUGUAGUUAACACCCUGCUAGAUUUCAAUUCCUUGCAUUUUGAUCCAGUCCUCGGCUUCACCUCAGACUUGAUCAAAUUGCGCUGACUUGAAAUCUAGUCCAGUCCUCAUAGUCGGUUUUGAAAUAUUAUACCACACCCCCGCAUUCUCCCCUUGUUACUACCAGCUAUAUUUGCAUUACUCUGCAUUUUGGUUAUUAUGCCUAAUCAUCCUGGGGGGGGGGGUAUAAAAAUUGCAUCAGAUUACUAGUCUGAACGGACUUGGACCCGACCCGAACUUCAAAUCUAACCCCGAUCUGAAGCAGAUUAGCAUCUAAUUUGACUUUUAUACCUGUAUCGGGUUUAGGGUCGGGUCUGGUCCGACUAGUGUUCCGGUCAGACUUUUAUAUUUUGCUCAUUGACACCUUCACUAUACCACAGACUGCAAAUUAAACAUCCAAUAGAAAACAAUCAGGUACUUCAUGUAAACUUUCAUUUGUUCACUAGGAACCAUUUGAUGCAGUGAUCUUACCAGGUGGUGGUGGUGGAGCCAAACGAUUAGCUCAGGUAUGUCAAUCGCAUCAUUCCAUGCACCCUCUACUAACCCUCUACUAUUAAGUAACCAAACACUAUCAACAUUAACCCACUUCUCUCUUGUAAAUAUAUCAUUUGUCUGCAGAUAUUCUUCUAUAAGCAUUGCUGCAUAUUCCAAUAAAUUACUUUUUUAUAGUCUGCUGAAGUGAAGAAGAUUUUGAAAGAACAAGAAAAACGAGAUGGCAUUAUUGCAGCAAUUUGUGCGGGUGGGUGGGUAUGAAAUUAUCUAAGAUUUGUAAUAUAAUUCUCACUGAUGCAAUUUAGUAUUAAUUACCUCUCUUUCAUAUGUAGACUACUGUAUAUAUGUAUGAACCAAACUUCAUUGUUGAAAUCUACCAGAACAUCAUUGAAAGAUCUGUCAGAAUUUACAUCAAGCAGCAAGCUAUAUAUGUAAUCAACCUCAUACCCAAGCUCUUUCCUCUUGGAGAGAAAAGACCCAGGGUCUUUUCUUCCCACGCCAAGAGGAAAGACCCUGGGUAUGAGAUUGGCUAUAUUGUAUAUUCUUGAGAUGAAAGACACAUUAUUUCAAAACCUACCGUUUUAACUUAAUAGCUGUGUAUUAAUUUACAACUGCCUGAAAAAAUAUAGGAGUCGACUUCAAGUUCUGCAAAAUAUAUUUUUCAGGUAGUUGCGUCUUUUUCAAUCCGCAGCUGUGUUAUCGCUCCUGCCGCCAUACACUGGCGCCAAGCCGCCAACCAUUUGAGAUUGUUUUAACUGUAUAAUGAUUCAUAGUGCAUGUCUUUAAUCCCAGCUUCUCUAUAAAUAUGUAAUACAGGUCCUACAGCACUUGUGGCUCAUGGAAUAGGAGUGGGCAAAAGUGUGACAUCUUACCCAUCAGUUAAAGACAAAUUCAAAGGUAUCCUGACAAAUUUAUAUUGAUGUCAAUUUUUAUUUCACUAUUGAAAACUAAUUUGAUACCGGUACCUAUAAAACUGUAUAAUUACAAAACUAAUGUAGGUGCCAAAAUGCAAAAUUGUGCAUGUGAACCCACUAUGGGUAUAUCCAAUUGAAACUGUUAACCUGGGGGUAUAUCUACAAAUCUAGAGCACUGUUUGUUUAAACCCAUUGAGUGGCAGCACUCUCCCCUUGACAGGUAAAAUCAUCUGGCAUUAGACAGAGUAAAAUAAUCUGGCAGGCACAUCAGAGCCCACAUUGCAACGAUAAGGACGAAAAGCUAAAGAAGAACGAAAUCCAUUACCAUACAUCUAUGGAAAGAGCAUCUUAAAAUGAGUAAAAUUGCAAAGUUUGGUUGCGAAUUGUUGUAAAAUGCGGAAAAUAUAGCCCUGUGUGAAGUUCGCAAAUUUUUGUAUAUAUUUGCAUUACGCGCGGGAAAAGUAACCAUUAUUGAGCCGAAAGUGGUUAUUUUUACCGCGCGUAAUACAAAUAUAUACAAAAUUUGCGAACUUCACAGGGCUAUAUUUUCUUCGUGUUACAACAUUUAGCAACCAAUUUCUUUGCAGUUUUACUCAUUCUAAGACGCUCUUUCGAGCUGUGGGUGUUGGAUUUCGUUCUUCUUAGUUCUUGCCUUAAGCCUGGUUCACACGAUGAAAUAAGCACAAGCAGCGGAACCUUUGAUAUAAGCAUAAACAUAAGAACAAAUGUUGCGUUCUUCUUAUGCUUACGUUUAUGCACAUCAAAGGUUCCGCUGCUUGUGCCUGUGCUUAUUUCAUCGUGUGAACCAGCUGGAAUCACCCAUUGGAAAACUAAAUUUUCACUCUGUUGCCUUUUGCCGACAUUGCCAGACUACAAGUACUUGGAAGAGCGAGUGGUACAAGAUGGUAAGCUCAUCACAAGUCGUGGUCCUGGGACAGCAUUCCAGUUUGCUAUAGAGAUUGUACGUGCUGUGCGAGGUAAUGAUGGUGUGGCUGAUGGGCUGGCUGCUCCCAUGUUGUUGGAGUGAAUGUUUGGACAUCUGCAGACGAAGCGUGCGGCGAUGCAGGUAAAAUAUUGUAGUGUCAUUGCAAGGUAUAGUAGUGCUGGUUUUGCAAACCUCAGAGGUGUGUCACAACAAUUGUAAAAUAUACUUUAUGAAAGUAUAUAAAAUAUAUAUAGUUACUAAUUGUUAAAGUAUGUAUAAAACCUAAUCUAAAACUAUUCAAAAUGGGGAAUUUUUAGUGUGCAAUUCUGCAAGUAUAUUAUCAUGCACUUUUGGUACUAGUAUAACAAAAUAUCAAAAAUAAUUUAUUCCAGUUAAUUUUUUGUCCAAUUAAAGCUCCGCCUCUAUUUGUCCAAUUUCAUGAAAUUUCUGGUAAAGAAAAAAAAUAUGAUAAAUUAAAGCUUUCGUUAUUCUGACCUGCAAGGCGCUUUGUACGGUUAGAAAUGUUAAUUUAGGGACUGUUCAUAUGAUCCCACUUACCGAGACGUCUUGCUUACCGAGACGAAAUAUUUCCAUGCGUUCAUAUGGAGUAUUUCGUCCCGCUUGCCGAGAUGAAAUUACAAUGUAGUUCCAUAAUUAGCGUAUGCAAAACUUCUACAUUUCAGUCAAGCAACACAAAUAGGGGUGCACCGGAUUUGGAAUUUUCAAAUCCGGCCGGAACCGGAUUUGGACAAAAAUUCCGGCCGGAAUUCCGGGCGGAUUUGAGAUAAACCGGUAAUGGGGACAAUUGGGGAUAAAUUAGUAUUCAAAAUGGCGGUUUAUGUUUUUUACUAUUUUUAGUUAGUGUCAGUUUAGAUUUUUGAUUGUGUUUAAACCUUUUUUAAAUAUCUUUUUAUUAAUAACUUAAUAUUUUAUAAUAAUAUAAACUGUUCUUUAAGCUUUAAAGCUGCCAAAUUGAUGGUUUAUCCCAUUCUGAUUCUGGGUGAAUUUUUUAAGGUGAAAACAGAAAUUUAAAUCCGGCCGGAUUUUCUCCAAAUCCGGCCGGAUGCCGGAAAAUUCGUUAAAUCCGGCCGGAUUUGAAAUCCGGUGCACCCCUAAACACAAAUACUUAGCGAUUUUAGUCUUUUUCUUCGUUUAUUUUAAUACUUGUUUAUAAAACAAACAUAAAACGAAGUAAAAAGUGUUAAAUUAAACGGUAAGACUUGUUUGACUUCAUCCAGGUAAGCGGGCUGGCGUAUUCAUAUGGAAAAAUUUUCAUCCCGCCUACCUAUGAUCUCGGCAAAUUCAAACGAGAUCUCGGCAAGCGGGCCAGCUCGCUUUCUCAUAUGAACACAAUGCAAUAUUUUGUAGGAAAAUAACUAGGCGGCGAGAUCAUCUGUAAGCGAGACGUCUCGGUAAGCGGGAUCAUAUGAACAGGCCCUUAUUACAGUAACUAAUAAUUUAAUAUAAAGGUUUGAGAAGAUUUUACCUUAAUAUUUCUGGCAGGUCCUCCGAGGCAGAAAUCGUAGUAUGACUGAAGCCAGUGAAUUCUUUAAAUUCAAUUGACUGAUUUUCUUUUUUAUGCUUCAAUGCUGCUUCGUGUAGCUACAAAAUUAAAGAAACGGUUGUGAGUUGAACUUUUUCAUUUUAUUUUUUUUAAAUUUUUUUUCUUUGUUCGCAUCAUGGUAUGUAAUGGUAUGAAUGUUGGCUUAGUUUUGGUACGUUCCUCGUCUCCAGAAAUUUAUUGACAUCAACCAUAAUAAGUAUUGAACAUCGUUUAUUAGGCUUUGAGUAUAGCUAUUAAAAUGUAGGAAACUCCUUAAUAAUCAUCAUAAAAAAUCAUCUUAAUCAUCGAGAACGCUCGUUUGCGCCUGUACGGGGCUAAGGAGUACUAUCUACAAGAUUCAUUGUAAGAAAGAUGAGAAUUAAAUCACCUUCUUUCCUGACAUAAAUUUAACUAUCUUGUCUCCAUGAUCAUGUAAGAUUAAUAUAUUAUACUUUAUGCUGGAAAUU